AGCCAUCUUUCAUGGGUAUGGAUACUCAACGAAAUUAAAGGGUGCUAGAUAGUGGUCACCACCAUUAUUGUUUCCAAAUCAAUAGAAAUAUUUUCUCUAGAAAAGAUAGAAGAAAUGGCUGCAGCAGAAGGAGUGAGUCUGAACCAUAUAGCUCGAGAGUCCACCGACGUAAAAAGACUCUCCAAAUUCUACCAAGAGAUGUUUGGGUUUGAGGAAGUUGAGACCCCUGACUUUGGAGAGUUAAAGAUUAUAUGGUUGCGCCUUCCUUCUUCUUCCUUACUUAUCCAUCUCAUACAACAUAGCAACGGCGAGCUGGCUCCAUCAUCCUCCAUUCCUGUUAAAGACCCCUCUCAUAUCCGCUUAGGCCAUCAUCUUUGCUUCUCCAUCUCCAAUCUUCAUUCCUUUCACAACACUCUCAAGGACAAGGGUAUUGAGACUUUUGAGACUACUAAUGGCAACAUCAAACGAGUUUUCUUCUAUGACCCUGAUGGGAAUGAAUUGGAGGUAUUUGCUAGCAUCGAAGACUCCUCCUAGUUACUUUGGUGUACCAUGAAACUAUAAUAGUAAUAAAUAACGCACUAGAUGCAUUUGUGUGUGACCAACUAUCAUCAUCAACCUGACCUAGUCUUGUUUUCCAUUACCCUCUAAUCAUUUUGAUUAAUGAUACUGCUUGCUACUACUUGUGAUUUCUUGUCGGGUUUUUGUUUAGAAGAAGGGUCGAAUAUAGGCAUGUGCAAACAGACUACUUACAACACCUUUAGUUUCUAUGUUGCCUGCGGUUACAUCUACAACACACCUUUAAAAAAAUCUUAAUUUCUCCUAUUCUGGCUCAGGCAAUGGCCUUGAGGUUGAGAUGGUGUCUUAAAUUAGAUCAUAGAAUUUCAGAUUGUAUUAUUAUCCCUCUAUAUGAGAAUUAAUGUCAAUGUUGUUUUUAUUAAGAGAUGUAUAAACAUUUGUAAGCAUCUUGUCUUCGUUCUAAGUCUUGGGUGGGAUGUGUCCCGAGGCUACUGUUGUUGCUCUACAUUCGUAA